ACAAUUCCCAGAGACUUGACUUCGCGGCUUUUCUCUCUGUGUUCUGUCUCUCUUGGAGCUGGCUAGGCCAGUAGGCCCACAGCGACGACGUGGUCUGUGGUGUCCAGUGUCAGGGUGUACUCUUCUGCGAGUUUUCUGUUCUUUCAGCCACUUUUGACGGACAGGCCGUCGCAGCUGGCCUGAGCAGUGACCUGGCGGGCCGCGCCUGCGCCCUGCCGCGUUUCCUGCCUGGCUGGUGGCGGCGGCCAUUUUGUUCGUUCUCCUCCUCCUCCUGCUCCUCCUGGUUGGAGCUCAGUGUCCGGAGCGGGCUGGGGGGAGCGGACCGGAGAGCUGGGUUCGGUACCUUUUCCUCUGUCCCCAGCCGGAGCCCGGAGCCCCCCUCCCCUUCCUUCCCACCCCCUCCCCUCCCCAACCCUGCCCUCCCCCUUGUCCCGGGAUCACUCCGUCGCACCCACCAUGAUGGAAGACGACGGACAGCCCCGGACUCUAUACGUAGGUAACCUCUCCAGAGAUGUGACAGAAGUCCUUAUACUCCAGUUAUUCAGUCAGAUCGGACCCUGUAAAAGCUGUAAAAUGAUAACAGAGCAACCCGAUAGCAGAAGGGUCAACUCUUCUGUUGGAUUUUCUGUUUUGCAGCAUACAAGCAAUGACCCAUAUUGCUUUGUGGAAUUUUAUGAACACAGAGAUGCAGCUGCUGCAUUAGCUGCUAUGAAUGGGAGAAAAAUUUUGGGAAAGGAGGUCAAAGUAAACUGGGCAACAACACCAAGUAGCCAGAAAAAAGACACUUCCAAUCACUUCCAUGUGUUUGUUGGGGAUUUGAGUCCAGAAAUUACAACAGAAGAUAUCAAAUCAGCAUUUGCCCCCUUUGGUAAAAUAUCGGAUGCCCGGGUAGUUAAAGACAUGGCAACUGGAAAGUCCAAAGGCUAUGGUUUUGUAUCUUUUUAUAACAAACUGGAUGCAGAAAAUGCAAUUGUGCAUAUGGGGGGUCAGUGGUUGGGAGGUCGACAGAUCAGAACCAAUUGGGCCACACGUAAACCACCUGCCCCUAAAAGUACACAAGAAACUAACACUAAGCAGUUGAGAUUUGAAGAUGUAGUAAACCAGUCAAGUCCAAAAAAUUGCACUGUGUACUGUGGAGGAAUUGCUUCUGGGUUGACAGAUCAGCUUAUGAGACAAACAUUUUCACCAUUUGGACAAAUUAUGGAAAUUAGAGUUUUUCCUGAGAAGGGCUAUUCAUUUGUCAGAUUUUCAACUCACGAAAGUGCAGCCCAUGCCAUUGUUUCUGUGAAUGGUACUACAAUCGAAGGACAUGUGGUUAAAUGCUAUUGGGGUAAAGAAUCUCCUGAUAUGACUAAAAACUUCCAACAGGUUGACUACAGUCAGUGGGGCCAGUGGAGCCAAGUGUAUGGAAACCCACAACAGUAUGGGCAGUAUAUGGCUAAUGGGUGGCAAGUGCCUCCCUAUGGAGUAUAUGGACAGCCAUGGAACCAACAAGGAUUUGGAGUAGAUCAAUCACCUUCUGCUGCUUGGAUGGGUGGAUUUGGUGCUCAGCCUCCUCAAGGACAAGCUCCUCCUCCUGUAAUACCUCCUCCAAAUCAAGCUGGGUAUGGAAUGGCAAGCUUCCCAACACAGUGAGCUGGGACUCUAAACACAGUUGUAACUCACCAUAAGCUGCAGUUUCCUGUGACAUUCUGAAGACAUGAAAAGUAAACAUCGGAAAGUGAAAAUAUUUAUUUUAAAGAUUGAAAUGUUUGGAACCUUUAGCACAGCCUUGCUUGGUGAAGGACACGUGUCUUCUAGUUCUGCCUUUUUAAGGUUUUGUUCAUGAUGGAUAUGAACAUGAUUUUUCUUUGUGUACAAAACAAAAAUAAAGUCAAUAAAGACAAUUCUGACUAUAAAUUUUGAUAUAAUAGGAGAAAUGGGUAAUACGUUUUGAUUCUUAGACACUAUUCCGUUUUUAUCUUGCUGUUCAGUAUUUUAACUCACUGUGUUUUUAAAAGUGCAAAAAAGGGAGUAUCGUGAAACUGAGAAUCACAUCAGUUCGUCCUGAAUUCUGAUACUCCCCUCCCAUCCCUGAGGUGGACCACAUUGAAGUCAGCAGGCAAAGUGUGAUUUCAGAAGAAAUACAUGAUAUGGGAAUCGCUGUGGAAGAAAUACUUAUUUCUCUCUCUGUUAAAGAAACGAAAGCCAGACUGGAAGCUUGCAGCCUAAAUAAGGAACAGCGUCUUGAGCGAGUGUUGGUGUCCACAGUAAUACAUAUUUUUAAAACUUUCAAAGUGUUGGUUAUCAAAAAUGUAGUAUAUUACAUUUCAUUUUGGGGCAAAAUUCCAAGUAUGGUGUUUAUAUUAAAGUCAGACAGUCAUACUUGUCUUUUACAUGGAGUUCAAAUGAUAAACAUUGUAAAUAUUGAAUAACUACAGUGUUUCAAAAGCAUGCUUCAACAUAGAAGUAGCAGCAAUGUAAUUAUUCGAGGUGACAAGUAACACAGUCUCACUGCAGUGAGUGCAGUGCUCAGUAACAAUGUUUAAGGGACAUUUUCAAGUUGGCCAUGUAAAAUUAAAAUGACACAAACGACUACACAGAAGAAGCCUUAAUUUAAUUUCAUACGAUCUUUGAUGCAUUAGUGUAUUCUAAAUUGUAAGUGGAAGUAAGUUAGAUUUGGGCUUUUGUUUUUUUUUUUCUUUAUUUGGUACAAAAUUAUUUGAUUAAAACCCAGUGAUAUGAUUUCAAGUUUCCUAUAAGUUGUAUAGCACAAUUUUUUUUUUUUAAAUCUUGAGAUGUUUUUAAAAAUUAGAUACAUUUUGCCCAAGAAUUUUUUUUAACAAGAUUGCUAAAAUAUCUUAUUUAGACAGCUUGAUGUACCAAUUUAUAAUUGGAUAUUCAAUUUAAGUCAUACACAAAGUUGUGACUUUUAUUUCUAAUUUGUUCUUUUUCCCUGUGGGGAGUGUGUGGGUGACAAGCCUGAACAGGCCUGAGUUGUAUGUGUGCAGUUUGUAAAUGAAUCUGUUGGGAAGAUGCGGGAGUUCGGGUGUGCUCCCACAGCGUUUUUCAGUCUGUGUGGAUACAGUCUGCCUCAUAUUUCUAUAACACAGGAAUGUCAAAUAGGUACAAUCCUAUGUGUUUCAAUUGUGACAGCUAGGGGGUGCAGAUGUUCUGGCAGUGUAUUAACCUGUUGGCCCGUGUGUGCACAAGCGCGAACAACCCCUAACAGUUCAGUGGGAAGGUGGGUAAGAUGCAGCUGGUGUCCGAACUCAGCCAUUGGAGUCUAAAGAUUAAGAUAAUGUGGUUUUAUAUAUUGAUGACCACAAAAAUUCAGGUGUUUAUUUCCUCCUUCACUUAGGAAUACAGCCAAAUGUAUUCAGCAUAAAAAUUUACAGGGUCUGAAGUUUAUUUUUGAGCCAAAAUCUUAUGUACCUUAGUUUUUUUUUCAGACCACAAUGGCCCUGUGUUAUACUCAUUUAUCACUAAAUAUACCCCCUUCUUUUGAUCAUCCUACCUUUGGGGGAUGAUCUGGAAAAGGUACUUUAUAUUUUAUAAGAAGAAAACAAGAAGUUGUAUUCUGCCCCUGAGUUAAGAUUUUCAUUAACCGUUGUGAAACUCAAACAUCCUAAAGAUUUUCUAAGUCGAUAAAUUGAUAAGAGCUUAUUAAAUUAAAAUUUCAGUUUGCCUUUUUUUCCCCUCUGCCAGUAAAUGAAGUGGCUUAUUGAGAUAACCAAUGGCUAACUCUAGCUGUAGUCUUUUCUGUUAUAUAGUCUAUGAUUUAGUAAAAUUAUCCAGAGUAGUUACAUUGCCAUAGUGAGCAUGUGACUGACACGUCUUUUGUCUUAAUUUGGAUGAGAAAAGAGGGUUUCCUGAUAAGUCAGUCACAGUCGCUUCACAGCACAUAGUUUUAAGAUAGAAAGGGACACGUCCAAACGAAGUACACCAUUCUAGAGAGUACAGAGAUGAAGCUUAACACGGGUGCAGACUGUCUUCUACUUGGGUUGGAGGCCGUGCCGUCUUAGUCCACUUUAAGCCUAAGAACUGUUGCCUUUUCCUUCCUGUGUUCAUUAAGAACAGCAGAGACUCUUUGGCAUGCAAGGAAAUGUCUCUUCAUAGUUUCUUGAGAUUUAUCUUGGUGUGUUUCUGCCUGCCAUGUCUGUGCUUGAACCCUUCUACUCGCAUUUCCCCGGUGCCAGUCCGUCUGGUCUUCAUGUGUGCCGGCAGUGAGAGGCCUUCUAAAGCCAAAGCUGUAAACCACAGUUGAAGUAAGUCUGUCAAUAAAGACGAGACUAUGUAAGUGGC